GUGUUCAUCCGCUCCGUAGAGUUCUGCGGCCGUGGCGGCGAUGAUUCGCGUGGCGUCGGAAGGGGUGGAGGAUGCGGCGGCGGCGCCGGAGCCGCCCGAUCCUGACGUAAUCGAGGUCGAUCCCACUCGGCGUUACGUUCGUUACAAGGAGGUAUUAGGGAAAGGAGCAUUCAAGACUGUCUACAAGGCAUUUGAUCAAGUGGACGGAAUUGAGGUAGCUUGGAACCAGGUUAGGAUUGAUGAUGCUUUGCAGUCCUCCAAUGACUUGGAGAGGCUGUAUUCGGAGAUCCACUUUCUGAAAACCCUGAAGCAUCCGAAUAUCGUGAAAUACUACAACUCGUGGAUCGAUGAUGAGAAGAAGACUCUCAAUAUCAUCACGGAGUUGUUUAACUCCGGCAGUUUGAGAGAGUAUCGGAGAAAACACAAGAAGGUGGAUAUGAAAGCAGUGAAGCGGUGGGCUACACAGAUAUUGAACGGAUUAAUUUAUCUUCACUGUCGGGACACUCCUAUUAUCCAUAGGGAUUUGAAGUGUGAUAAUAUUUUUAUCAACGGAAACCAUGGAGAGGUGAAGAUUGGUGAUCUUGGUUUGGCCACUGUCAUGCAACAUACCAAAGCAAGGAGCGUGACUGGGACUCCUGAGUUUAUGGCACCAGAAUUAUAUGAUGAGGAAUACAACGAGUUGGUAGACAUACACUCCUUUGGAAUGUGCAUGCUAGAAAUGAUUACCUUCGAGUACCCAUACAGCGAAUGCACAAAUUCUGCUCAGGGGAUAAAGCUUGCUGCCCUUUCGAAGGUAAAAGAUUCUGAAGUGAAAGCUUUUAUAGAGAAAUGUCUGGUUCCAGCUUCUCAGAGGUUAUCAGCGCAGGAGCUUUUAAAGGAACCUUUUCUUCAAUUAAACGGGCCAAACGGAACUCAAACAAAUUCUGUGUGUUUAUCAAAUGCUGUCAAUCACAAAAUACCCAACUCUCGGGAUGAUUCUGUUGUCAAAGAAGAAAGAAGCGCUUCCCUGCAUCAUUCAACAUCUCACAUGGACGUUGAUGUGGAAGAUAGUCCUGCUACUAUUUCUGUAGUUAGUACCUCUUCUGAGAAAGGCUCGUGCAUACCAACUUUGGAGGUUCAUAUGAGAAGGGAACAUGGUGAAUUUGCAUUGAAGGGGGAGAGAGAUAAUGCCAAUACCGUAAAAUUGGUGCUAAGAAUUGCUGAUCUGGAUGGUGAUAUAGGUCGUGUGACCAACAUCUCUUUCCCAUUUUACUUGCACGCUGAUACUUCUUUUUUAGUUGCCACCGAAAUGGUUAAGGUUCUUCAACUCGCUAGGGUGAAUGUAAAUUUUAUCUCCAAGCUAAUUGAUUUAUUAUUAACUAACUUGAUUUCCGGAUGGAAACCUUGUGCGCUACUGUUCGACAAUCAGACAAUUUGAAUGGAGAGAAAACUCCUACAGAUGAAACAAAGGAUCUCCAAUUGGUCAAGGCUGGGGAAAGCUCUCUUGGGUCUUCUGAAAGUAAUGCUGAAAAUGUUCAGAUACUUGAUGUUCCAUCAUAUAUGAAACUUGAUGAACUUUCUUCUUGUACUGACCCCAUAUCCUUGGAUGCUAUUCAUUUGGAUGAGUGUUGUUCUGAAAUGUCCUCUUUUUCCGCCAUCUCCUACGAAGGAAAUGAAGAGAAUUCUGCAGCUUCUGCUACGUAUUUACCCCAUAUGGAUAAUAAACAAUUUGUGACUGAAUGGGAUCUUAAGGAGGUAUUAUCUAGAGUUGAUGAUGGUAGUUUGUGUUUCGAUAUGAAGGACGUGAAUAGCUUGAUUGCUAGUGAUUUGCCGGCCUUUUCUGGUUUCGUAAGCAAUGAUUUCCUGUGGUUUUGGCUGAGGAAAGUGAUUAUGAUUUAGAAUUGAAAUUGGAAUUGGGGAUAUUAUAGAGCAGCAGUAUCAGCAGGCAAUAAAGGAAAUAGUCCUCAAGAAACAGCAAGCAAUUGCAUCAGUGCAGAGCAGGAUAGCACGGAAGAAGCAAUUGUGUCAUCAUUGAUCAGUGUCUUGCAGUUUUUUCAUUAACAUCUUUUUUGGGCUUUUCAUAUUAUGAUUAGUUGAUCAUUUUGUAACUCAAUGGAAUGCAUUUUUAGCACGUCUUUUUGUUCUGUAUAAUCAACUAAAAUUGGGCAUAUCUUGUUGUUUAGAAUUCUAGGAAAGGCCGGCAUAAAGCAAUGUUUAUUGUGAGCUAUCACUGUAUUUCUGUCUUGAAAUCUGGAUGAGAAAGUUGUAUUCAGCAAGCUGGUUAUUAGUUUGGAUCA